AUGGCCCGAGCAAUUGGAAUCGAUUUAGGAACUACAUACUCGUGUGUCGGUGUUUUUCAACAUGGCAAAGUUGAAAUUAUUGCCAAUGAUCAGGGCAAUCGUACAACACCCAGUUAUACUGCAUUCACUGAUAGUGAACGAUUAAUUGGUGAUGCAGCCAAAAAUCAAGUAGCUAUGAAUCCCAACAAUACUAUCUUUGAUGCUAAACGACUGAUUGGAAGAAAAUUUGAGGAUCCAACCGUUCAAGCUGAUAUGAAACAUUGGCCAUUCAAAGUUAUCAGCGAAGGUGGUAAACCAAAAAUUCAAGUUGAAUACAAAAAUGAAGUAAAAUCGUUUACACCAGAAGAAAUAUCAUCGAUGGUCUUAACAAAAAUGAAAGAAAUAGCCGAAGCUUACUUAGGAAAAAAAAUUUCCGAUGCUGUCAUCACCGUACCUGCCUAUUUUAAUGAUUCACAACGUCAAGCAACAAAAGACGCUGGAGUUAUUGCUGGCCUCAACGUUCUUCGUAUUAUAAACGAACCAACAGCUGCUGCCAUUGCCUAUGGUUUGGAUAAAAAAACUGUUGGUGAACGUAACAUCUUGAUUUUUGAUUUGGGAGGCGGUACAUUUGAUGUUAGUGUACUAAAAAUUGAAGAAGGAAUAUUCGAAGUAAAAUCAACUGCUGGAGACACUCAUUUAGGAGGAGAAGAUUUUGACAAUCGAAUGGUUUCAUUUUUUGUUCAAGAGUUUAAACGAAAGAGUAACAAAGAUUUAUCACAGAAUAAACGUGGACUUCGUCGAUUGAGAACAGCAUGUGAACGUGCGAAGAGAACAUUGAGUUCAGCGUCUCAAACAGCAAUUGAGAUUGAUUCCUUGCACGAAGGCAUUGAUUUCUAUUCUAACAUCACACGUGCUCGAUUUGAAGAAUUAAAUGCUGAUUUAUUCCGUUCUACAUUGGAACCGGUUGAACAAGCCUUACGUGAUGCUAAAAUGGAUAAAUCACAUAUACAUGAAAUCGUAUUGGUUGGUGGUUCAAUACGUAUUCCAAAAGUACAAAAAUUAUUACAGGAUUUCUUCAACGGCAAAGAGUUGAAUAAAUCAAUCAAUCCGGAUGAAGCCGUUGCUUAUGGUGCUGCUGUCCAAGCCGCCAUUUUGACUGGUGAUAAAUCCGAAGAAAUCAAAGAAGUCUUGUUAUUGGAUGUUGCCCCGUUGUCACUGGGUAUUGAAACUGCCGGUGGUGUAAUGACUUCGUUAAUCAAGCGAAGUACAACAAUUCCAACAAAACAAACACAAACUUUCACCACCUAUUCGGAUAAUCAACCAGGUGUCGAUAUCAAAGUAUUUGAAGGUGAACGAACCAUGGCAAAAGACAAUCAUUUACUUGGAAAUUUUGAGUUAUCUGGCAUUCCACCCGCACCACGUGGUGUCCCACAAAUCGAAGUUACAUUUGAUAUUGAUGCUAACGGUAUAUUGAAUGUAUCAGCCAUGGACAAAUCAACUGGACGUGUAAAUAAAAUUACCAUUACAAAUGAUAAAGGUCGUUUAUCGAAAGAUGAAUUGAACGUAUGUUUAGAAUCAUAUUGUUUCAAUAUGAAAACAACCAUGGACGAUGAUAAACUAGCAGGAAAAAUUAGUGAUGGCGAUAAAGCAAAAGUAACAUCGACCAUUGAUGAUACACUAAAAUGGUUAGAAGCAAAUCAAUUAGCGGAAAAAGAGGAAUUUGAGCAUAAAUUGAAAGACGUCGAAAAAAUAUGUGCUCCUAUAAUGACAAAAUUAUAUCAAGGUGAAGGUGGAGCAGCUGGACCAGGAGGUAUGCCCGGCGGAUUUCCCGGAGCUGGCGCCGGUGGACAUGGUGGCAAAGGCGGAGCAAGUGGACCAACAAUCGAAGAAGUUGAUUGA